AUGUCCUCAGUUUUGAAAUUAGAACAGCACAGCGUGGACACGCCCCGUGCAACCAUUUACAAGGAAGCCGUAUCGCUCCUCGAAACAACCAAGCAAUGGCCAAGCGGCAAAACAUACUACAAGUCAUCGCUGCAUCCAGUGCUUACCAAACUGGGGCCCAUAAAUGGCGACUUUUGGGCCUUGAGGGAAUCGCACUUGGAUAACAUCGCCGUGGCGAGAUUGCACCAGGCAAUCAUUGGAACUACCCAGAUCGGCACUUCGACGCACACGGAUUAUGAACCACGAUACGUGCAUGAGAUAUCCAAGGUGGAAAUUUCGCAAUUGCACACGUAUGAUGACGGAUGGAGUUAUGCGAUACAUGUAGAAUACACGUUCCCAUUCCCAUUAGCCAAACGGACAUUCAAUGAGGUGGUUCACGUGUUUACUGAUGCGGGGAAACUGUCGGGGUUGGUUGUCAGCUUGCCUAUUGAAGGCGCGCUUUAUGAUCAUUCGGUCUUGGGUGCGUACGUUGCUGUUGAAGAAUUGAUAUGGAGCGAAGAGCACGCGAGUGCCGAUUGGUAUGUGGCUACUACGUCGAGCGCUGGUGGGUUUGUACCUAUCUGGGUGACGAAUAUGAGUUUGGCUGGUGCGUUGGUUAAGGACGUGCCGAAUAUUUUGAAGUUGAUUGGCGACUCGAAGCACUUUGAGGAUGUUGAAUAA